AUGCCAGAAAAGAGUCUGCGAGAAGCGUAUUCCGAUGCCUUAGUGACAACAGUGAAUACAUUGCGGGACGACCACGAUGAAGAAGAAAUUGGAGCAGCGAUACCGAGCUACGAUAAUGUUCGAAGUAUUAUACAGCGAGUUCGCACCGAAGUGAGGCAACCUUCACCGACAACACGUCAAGAGAUUCACCUCGAAAAUCAGUGGACCAGAACACUCACAGGAGCCACAUUCUUACUCUUCGACGAUGGUGACGAGGAUCGAAUUUUGGGAUUCAGCACAAAUGACCUCAUGAUAUCGCUCUGCAAUGCAUCCACCAUCUUCAAGGACGGCACUUUCAGAGUCGUCCCGAAAUUGUUCACUCAGUUGUAUACUUUACAUGGAUACUACAGAGGACAAAUGAUUCCCUUCGCCUGCUUCUUAUUACCAGAAAAGACCGAAGAAACGUAUGUCCGGAUGUUCAAUCUCAUACGGAAUCAUGCGAUCUCCCUCGGUAGAACCUUCAACCCUCGCGCAUUUCAACUGGAUUUCGAAGUUGCGACUCUAAAAGCACUGGAACAGACCUUCCCAACCGCGGAUUUGAAGGGAUGCUUUUUCCAUUUCAGCCAAUGCCAUUGGCGCAAAGUCCAAGCCUUGGGACUCGUCGUCCACUACAGAGAGCCCGAAAUAAGGCGUUUCAUCCGAUCAGCGACCGCGUUGGCCCUAGUGCCACUCGAUCGUAUCGACGAUGCGUGGCUUGAAAUAAAUAGCGAAUCGCCCUCUUCUGAGCAUGCAGCGUACGAAAAAUUGGAGGCUUUUAUAUCGUACAUCAUACAAACAUGGUUGGAGAAUGACAGCGUUUUCCGUCGGCAUUUGUGGAAUCAUUAUCGGAACUUCGGCGCCAGGACCACGAACCAUGUUGAGGGCUGGCAUCAGGCCCUUAACAGAAUCGUAAAAAAACGCCAUUUGAAUAUUUUCGAGAUGAUAAGCCACCUGCAGAAACAGGAAGAGAAAUUUCGAUUGGAUAUGAUGAGACUGCGUAUGGGACAGCCCCCGCGUCCAAUAACCAAGAAACACCGGAUUCUCAACGCCAGACUAAUCAAUUUCGUGCAAGAAUUCGAGACAGGAGAGAAAAGCUUGCUUGAAUACGUGCAUGGAGUCGCGUACAACAUCCAGUAA